CUCAAAAAUGGCGGCGCCCGGCGCGCGACGACGUGAUCCGCCUCUGCUCCGGCUUGGAUUGUAGGCUUGACGAGGUCUGAGCGACCAUGGACCGGCCGGGGUUCAUGGCAGCGCUGGUGGAGUCUCACUCUUUGCCCAGGCUGGAGUGCAGUGGCGCCAUCUCGGCUCACUGCAAGCUCCACCUCCCGGGUUCACGCCAUUCUCCUGCCUCAGCCUCCCGAGUAGCUGGGACUGCAGGUGCCCGCCACUACGCCCGGCUAAUUUUUUGGGUUAUUAGUGGAGACGGGGUUUCACCGUGUUAGCCAGGAUGGUCCUGAUCUCCUGACCUCGUGAUCCCGCCCGCUUCGGCCUCCCGAGUCUGGGAUUACAGGCGUGAGCCACGGCGCCCGGCCAAUGUUACCGCUUUUAAGGAGCUUUCCUGUGUAGCUGGUGACACAGCAGCAGUAGUUUGUCAGCUGACAUUCCUGUGCCAGGAACUGGGGCUGGUGGGGUAGCAGGUGUUUCUGUUGACUUGAUAUUAUUUCCUCUGGAUACCAUUAAAACCAGGCUGCAGAGUCCCCAAGGAUUUAAUAAGGCUGGUGGUUUUCGUGGAAUAUAUGCUGGUGUUCCUUCUGCUGCUAUUGGAUCCUUUCCUAAUGCUGCUGCAUUUUUUGUCACCUAUGAAUAUGUGAAGUGGUUUUUGCAUACUGAUUCAUCUUCAUAUUUGACACCUAUGAAACAUAUGUUGGCUGCCUCUGCUGGAGAAGUGGUUGCCUGCCUGAUUCGAGUUCCAUCUGAAGUGGUUAAGCAGAGGGCACAGGUAUCUGCUUCUACAAGAACAUUUCAGAUUUUCUCUAACAUCUUAUAUGAAGAGGGUAUCCAAGGGUUGUAUCAAGGCUAUAAAAGCACAGUUUUAAGAGAGAUUCCUUUUUCUUUGGUCCAGUUUCCCUUAUGGGAGUCCUUAAAAGCCCUCUGGUCCUGGAGGCAGGAUCAUGUGGUGGAUUCUUGGCAGUCAGCAGUCUGUGGAGCUUUUGCAGGUGGAUUUGCCGCUGCAGUCACCACCCCUCUAGAUGUGGCAAAGACAAGAAUUAUGCUGGCAAAGGCUGGCUCCAGCACUGCUAAUGGGAAUGUGCUCUCUACCCUGCAUGGGGUCUGGCGGUCACAGGGGCUGGCAGGAUUAUUUGCAGGUGUCUUCCCUCGAAUUGCAGCCAUCAGUCUGGGAGGUUUCAUCUUUCUGGGGGCUUAUGACCGAACACACAGCUUGCUGUUGGAAGUUGGCAUAAAGAGUCCUUGAAGCAGAGACAGCCUCACCUCCACUUCUGUCAAGAGAGGGGCCUCCAAGUGUAAACCCUCUUCCGCUGAGCAGCUGUCUGAACUAUAGGCCCCAGUGCUGAAGACCAGUUCUGCUAAGAUGCCGGCAUCGAGAUUGUGCCAUCCGUGGUAUAGGCUGGCUGGUAUGAAGUCAUUGGCCUGUAUGCCAGAGAGCUAAGAGAAGAAAACGGGGUCUGUGGCGGUACUCUGAACAAUUUCCUCAGAACCUCUUAAUAAAUAAGUUUGGUAAUGCUGAGGCCAGGCCUUUUAGAGCUUUCAUUUGAUCUGUAUCUGAUCUUUCAUUUCUUGCCACCUGAUGGUGGAUUCAGCAGAAGGCAAGAUGGUUAUAAUUUUAAAAGAAUAGCUUGUUUGGGAAAAGGAGACUUGGGGAAGAAGUUGUGUGUGUGUGUGUUUCUCCCCCUAGUUAAUUCCUGUUGUGUAAGGGUAGGCUUUGUUGAAAAUGAACUACAGGUACAUAGCAAGCACUCUCUGGGUAACUAGGCUGCUGGUUUUAAUUACCCUCAGAUUUCACCCAUUUUACAGAGAUGUGUCCAGCGCCCCCUGUGGUGUGUGAGAGAAGGCAGCUGCAACUCAAGUGAGUAGGUGGGCCCAGCUGGCUUUGUGCAGGAGGGCAUAGUGGGUGAGCUAUUCUUGCCAUUCUCAUGUCAGGCUGAAAGGAGGGCCUGGGCCAGCUUUGAAAGCAGCGUUGCUAGAAGUAGGCAGGAUGAAAUGGAAAGGUCACCACACUUUGGGAUCUUAGAGCUUGACUAACAAGCUCCAGGUGGAGAAAAAUCCAGAACAAAAUCUCAGUGUUGAAUCUAGCAGUGUUGUCUGCCCCGGAGCAAACAGUAUAUGAUUUUGCUUCGCCUAUUUUUUUUUUUUUUCUUUUUUGGGGGAAGAUAAUUAAAGGCAGAAUGACUGCGUUUGUAAAAGAAGGACCACCAACUAUACUGACAUUUAUAAAUGAACCUUUAUUAAAGACACUUCAAUGCCAUUUGUUAGACACUUCAAUAUUUUACAUGGUUUUCAAUGUACACUGUACCAAAAUUUCUAUAAAUAAAUAACUUUGUACAUAAAA